GGUAUAGCCAGUCUCGUCGAGUCCAUGGCGGAAGAUGGACAACUUCACGAACGACUUCAACGCCAGCGCCGGCAACCGGACGGAACCACACGGGCUGGGCGCCGUGGCCUACGUCAUGCCGACCGUGUGCGGAGUCAUCCUGCUGAUCGGCGGCGUCGGCAACUCGCUGGUGAUCUACAUCGUGGCCCGCUUCAGCGAGAUGAGAACCGUCACCAACUAUUACAUCGUCAACCUGGCCGUCACCGACCUGGCCUUCCUGGUCUGCUGUAUCCCCUUCACUACCAUCAACUACCUGACGUACGGCUGGAUCUUCGGCAAAACCAUGUGCACCUUCGUCUUUUACAUGAUGCAGGUAACAGUCCAGGCCACGUGUAUCACGCUUGCAGUUCUGAGCAUUGACCGCUACUGCGCAAUUGUACAUCCACUCCGCUCCAUAGACUACCGUACACCGAAGGUUGCAGCCAUUGUCAGUGCGUGUACAUGGAUAGGCUCGUUCCUCCUUGCACUGCCUCUGGGUUUAAACAUGCAAAUCGAAGUGGUCGACAACUUCGGUCCUCAGGAUAUCUGCCGGGAUGUCUGGCCCAGUCCGUCUGCACAGAGAAGCUACAUGUUGUAUACCUUCCUCAUCACCUACGUCAUCCCGCUGGUCUUCUGUACCAUCAGCUGCUCCUUCAUCGUGCGGAAACUCCUGACCAGAUUCAGCAUCAGCCACGCCCAGAAGACCGACGCACAAGCCAAGCAGACCCGGCGGACAUCCUGCAUGGUGGUGGGUGUGGUGGUUCUCUUCGCCUGCUGCUGGCUACCAAAUCACAUCAUCAACCUGUGGGUUGUGUUUAGCCCUGGGCAACUGCAGAUAACUAGCAUUUUAGCAUGGACCAAGACAGUCGCACUGAUUCUUUGCUAUUCCAAUUCGAUGCUGAACCCUUUUGUUUACACGCUCCUAGGAGAGAACUAUCGCCGUUGCCUACGGCAGUCGUUCCCUUGUCUGUGCAGAAAACUGCCCUCGCGUAAAGGUGCUCUCGCCACCGGGCGCAGCUCUAGCUCCUCCCGGCCAGGGAAGACAGCUACAGACAUCACGCUAAGAUCCUCUGCCGCCAGGCCCGUUAUCGUUACCUUUAACACUAAACGCCCGUCUUGUAGAGCGGUGACGUUUGGCUCAAUCGAACAACCUCAACCAAGCGAGUAAUAAAAUAGUAGUUUCUUAACGGAGCUACGGAGACCUCUGCCAAUGACGCAUUUUGGUUUGGUAUUGAUCACCUAA